UUUUUAAUUGCAAGACGACAACCAAUUGAGUGUAAUCUCCUGAGAAAGUUUUUCGUUCUUUUUGGUUUUUUUGGUGAGUAUAGGUACGAAAGGCUUAUGGAAAGAAGACACCCAUCUGGAAAAAAGAAACAAAUAAAUUAGCAGCUUUAAAAUCUAAACCACAUAUCUUUCUUUGCCUUUCGUUUCUCUUUUGCUUUUUUCUGACUGGUCCCAAUGGCUGCUGCUGCCUCUUCUUCAAAGAUCUGAAAUAAAAAAACUAACAUAACAAACCAAACUGUUACUGCUGUAAUUACAAGCUCUCACAUCAGACGAGGGAAUAGAAACAAUAGCUAAAACGGGUUCCCUGUGCUGUGUGGCCGCAAGGCCGCUUGAAUCAACAAACAGCAGGGGUGGGGGAGAGUGGUCGGUGGAUCUGAACGACGCCCAUUGGAAUGGAAGGGCCAAUGGAGGCUUCUCUCCACCACUUUCAAGAAGGUGGGAUUUCAGGUCUGGGGGAGGAGGGCAGCUGCCACGUGGACACGGGUCGUCAUAUUCUUCUAGCAGCAAGGGCAGCAGGAUUAGCAGGAUGAGUGGCAGUGCACACCAUCAGUACUCCGUGUCUGAUGGAAUUGUUUCCUAUUUCAGCAGUCCAUCCGAGAGUUUCAAUGCGCACCAGUGUUGGAGUCCCAUGCCACAGGGAGGAGGGGAUUUUGUUGCUGCCGCUGCAGUUGCAGAAUCAAGAUCUGCCUCCUCAUUUCGAUCAUACAAAGAGGGAUGCCUUGGCACUGGAGCAUCCACGUGUCCAUGUAGUGCUGAUUCUGCAUCAUCUUAUUCAGACAUUGGGGAUUGUGAGCAAAAUGCAGUCAUACAUUUUCCUCCUGCACAUAAAGGAUUUUCUGGUCGUUACUCUUUUAUGUCAAAGCCAGUCCAUCCAAUGCCUUUUCCAGAUCAGGUUAUGGAAACUGAUGGUCAAGUGGUAAAUAGCCAUAGAUAUACAUCUACCGAGUGGAGGAAUUCAUUUCGAUGGCCUGAUAGUUCUGUUCAUGAACUGAAACCUUUUGGAGAUGACUUUGGCUCAAUGCAAUCCUUUCCUGAGCUUAAUUCAUCUUCUCAAAGAGAGAGAAAUGGGUUGACUAGUGCAAAUAGUCCUGAUGUUGGCUGGGAAACUGAAAACGCUAAGUAUAAAAAUAUGCGUUGUGGUUUUGGCUCAUCAACUUCAGAAGUACUGAGAUGUGGGUUAUGUGAAAGAUGGUUAUCACAGAAAUCACCAUGGAGCUCACAUAGGAUGAUAAGAUGUGGAGAUUUCCCACCUUCAGGUGUUCUUUCUUGUGGCCAUGUUUACCAUGCAGAUUGCCUAGAUCAGACUAUUCCUGAGUCACAAAAGCAUGAUCCACCAUGCCCAUCAUGUGCUGGAGCAAUUAAUACUACUCUAGUAUCUAAUAUUGAACUACCAGCUUCUGUUACUGGACUACAGACAAUGCCUGCAUCCGUGGGCAGAUGUCCAAGGUUUAGAAUUGCUGCUGAUGAUAAUAGCCUUCCCUCCUCUGGAAAACAGAGCCAUGCUCGUCCAGAUUACAUGGCUGACAUACCAGGAAAAAAAUGGCAUAUGCAGAUGCCUGGUUCUAACAAGAAGUCAUUUUUAAGCAAAACUCUUUCAAGAAAACAUUUCUUUAAGGGAAAAUCGAUCAAAGAAAUUACUGCAGAGGAUUUCGGUUCAAAGAAUGCUGGUUCUUCUAUGAACGUUCAUCAUGAUAUUAAAUCAGCAGAUAACUGUGUUGCUGGCUGCUCAAGAGGCUAAUUGUGCCAUUAGAAAUCAUGGUGCUACUACAUUUCAUUGGGUACAGCAUGUGUUGUAGAUUAAAUUUGGAUGAUUGAAGGAAAAUUUUAGCAUGACUGAGCCCUAAAUGUCAUGAAAUGGGAAGCCGGUGUAUAUUACUCGUCCAACUCCUAUGUUAGACAUAUUAUGUGCUUGCAGGUAACCACCCUGUUCUUUAUGAAAGUCAUAGUUUUCUGUUUAAAUUAAUUUCUACACUCUGAACCCGUCUUUUUGAGUAUACCUAUUGGUGUUAGCUCUCUCUUGUUAUGGUUAACUAAGAUUUUCCAAGGCAAUUGUUAUUCAUUACACUCUAGCAUACUUAAGAGUAUAUACAGGUUUUGCCUUCCAUGGAAUAA